CCGCCCCCUCCCCGCGGCGUGUGUGUGGGUGUGUGUGUGUGUGUGUGUGUGUGUGUGUGUGUGUGUGUGUUGGGGUGAAGGCAACCGAGCCGGCCGCCUCACCUGCCGCCCGGGAAGGGGCGGGCAUUGUUCGCUGCUGCUGCUGCUGCUGCGCGGGGCCAUGGGGGCCGCCGUGCGCCCCGGGCCGGGCCUGCCAAGGUGGCCACGGCGCGGCUGAAGCGAGAACCCACCUGACACCCCCAGGAUCCACCCCCCUCCUUGCCCCGGCACCUCCGGCUCCCCUUCGCCCCUCAGCCCUUUGGCUCGCGCCCGUUCGCUGAGGCGCCAGGUGAGGCGUCAUGGUGGACCCGGUGGGCUUCGCCGAGGCUUGGAAGGCGCAGUUCCCGGACUCGGAGCCACCGCGCAUGGAGCUGCGCUCGGUGGGCGACAUCGAGCAGGAGUUGGAGCGCUGCAAGGCCUCUAUCCGACGCCUGGAGCAGGAGGUCAACCAGGAACGCUUCCGGAUGAUCUACCUGCAGACGCUGCUGGCCAAGGAAAAGAAAAGCUACGAUCGCCAGCGCUGGGGUUUCCGGCGUGCCACGCAGCCCCCCGACGGCGCGGCCACCGAGCCUCGCGUCCCCGCGCCACGGCCCCCGCCGGCAGCCGACGGUGCUGACCCCGCUCCGGCCGUGGUCACCGCUGCCGCCACCGCCGAGGAGCCCGAGGCUCGGCCCGACGGAGAGGGCUCCCCCGGCGGUGGCGGCAAAGUCAGGCCCGCGGCGCCGCGCAGAGCAGGGGCGGCCGCCGCGACCACCGCCAUCUCCACCACCACGACCACCAGCAGCAGCAGCAGCAGCAGCACCGCCACCGACCGGGACGAGCGUGGACCCCCCACCAGCGUGGCGGCGCUCCGGUCCAACUUCGAGAGGAUCCGCAAGGGAGAGAGUGAGAAACCCUUCUAUGUGAACGUCGAAUUUCACCACGAACGCGGCCUGGUGAAAGUCAACGACAAGGAGGUCUCGGACCGGAUCAGUUCGCUGGGUAGUCAGGCCAUGCAGAUGGAGCGUAAGAAGGCCCAGCAGUGUGCCGGUCAGGGUCAGGGUCAGGGUCAGGGUCAGGGUCAGGGUGUGGGGGACUCACUCAAACCUUCCUACCGGGGACGCGCCUCCGAGAGCAGCUGCGGGCUGGACGGGGACUACGAGGAUGCCGAGUUAAACCCCCGCUUUCUGAAGGACAACCUGAUCCAAGCCAACGGCAGCAGCGGCGGCAGGCCCCCGUGGCCACCCCUGGAGUACCAGCCGUACCAGAGCGUCUACGUCGGGGGCAUGAUGGUGGAGGGCAGCGAGGGCAAGGGGCAGCCGCCACCGCCGCUGCUGCUGCUGCGGAGCCAGAGCACGUCGGAGCAGGAGAAGCGCCUCACCUGGCCCAGGAGGUCCUACUCCCCGCGGAGCUUCGAGGACAGCGGGGGCGGCUACACGCCCGACUGCAGCUCCAACGAAAACCUCACGUCCAGCGAGGAGGACUUCUCCUCCGGCCAGUCCAGCCGCGUGUCCCCGAGCCCCACCACCUACCGCCCGUUCCGGGACAAGAGCCGCUCGCCCUCGCAAAACUCGCAGCAGUCCUUCGACAGCAGCAGCCCGCCCACGCCGCAGUGCCACAAGCGGCACCGGCAGUGCCAGGUGGUGGUGGCCGAAGCCACCAUCGUGGGCGUCCGCAAGACCGGCCAGAUUUGGCCCAGCGACGGAGAUAGCACUUUCCAUGGAGACCCAGACACCUCGUUUGGAACGUCCCCCGGGUAUGGUUGUGCCGCAGACCGGGCGGAGGAGCAGCAGCGCCGGCACCAGGACGGGCUGCCCUACGUUGACGACUCGCCCUCCUCCUCCCCUCACCUCAGCAGCAAGGGCAGGGGCAGUCGGGAUGCUCUGGAGUCGACCAAAGCGAAUGAGCUGGACUUGGAGAAAGGCCUGGAGAUGAGAAAAUGGGUUCUCUCUGGAAUCUUGGCCAGUGAGGAGACCUACCUGAACCACCUGGAGGCUCUGUUGCUGCCCAUGAAGCCAUUGAAAGCUGCCGCCACCACGUCUCAGCCGGUGCUGACGAGCCAGCAGAUUGAGACCAUCUUCUUCAAAGUGCCUGAGCUUUACGAGAUCCACAAGGACUUCUAUGACGGGCUUCUCCCCCGCGUGCAGCAGUGGAGCCACCAGCAGCGAGUGGGCGACCUCUUCCAGAAGCUGGCCAGUCAGCUGGGUGUGUACCGGGCCUUUGUGGACAACUACGGGGUUGCCAUGGAAACGGCCGAGAAGUGCUGUCAAGCCAACGCUCAGUUUGCAGAAAUCUCUGAGAACCUGAGAGCCAGAAGCAACAAGGAUGCCAAGGACACAACCACCAAGAACUCUCUUGAAACCCUGCUCUACAAGCCUGUGGACCGGGUGACGAGAAGCACGCUGGUUCUUCAUGACUUGCUGAAGCACACGCCGCCCAGCCACCCCGACCACCCCCUGCUGCAGGACGCCCUCCGCAUCUCACAGAACUUCCUGUCCAGCAUCAACGAGGAGAUCACGCCCCGUCGGCAGUCCAUGACCGUGAAGAAAGGCGAGAACCGGCAGCUGCUGAAGGACAGUUUCAUGGUGGAGCUGGUGGAGGGGGCCCGCAAGCUGCGCCACGUCUUUCUGUUCACCGACCUGCUGCUGUGCACCAAGCUCAAGAAGCAGAGUGGGGGCAAAACCCAGCAGUACGACUGCAAAUGGUACAUUCCGCUCACCGACCUCAGCUUCCAGAUGGUGGACGAGUCGGAGGCCACCCCCAACAUCCCCCUGGUGCCCGAUGAGGAGCUGGACGCCCUGAAGGUCAAGAUCUCCCAGCUCAAAAGCGACAUCCAGAGAGAGAAGAGGGCCAACAAGGGCAGCAAGGCCAUGGAGCGGCUGAAGAAGAAGCUGUCUGAGCAGGAGUCGCUGCUGCUGCUCAUGUCUCCCAGCAUGGCCUUCAGGGUGCACAACCGCAACGGCAAGAGCUACACAUUCCUGAUUUCCUCCGACUACGAGCGUGCUGAGUGGAGGGAGAACAUUCGAGAACAGCAGAAGAAGUGCUUCAAAAGCUUCUCCCUGACGUCCGUGGAGCUGCAGAUGCUCACCAACUCCUGCGUGAAGCUGCAGACGGUGCACAGCAUCCCGCUGACCAUCAACAAGGAAGAUGAUGAGUCCCCAGGCCUCUACGGGUUCCUGAACGUCAUCGUCCACUCGGCCACCGGCUUUAAGCAGAGUUCAAAUCUGUACUGCACCCUGGAAGUGGAUUCCUUCGGGUACUUUGUGAACAAAGCAAAGACGCGAGUCUACAGGGACACCACAGAGCCCAACUGGAACGAGGAGUUUGAGAUCGAGCUGGAAGGCUCCCAGACCCUGCGGAUCCUGUGCUACGAGAAAUGUUACAACAAAACCAAGAUGGCCAAGGAGGACGGCGAGAGCAGCGACCGGCUCAUGGGGAAGGGCCAGGUGCAGCUGGACCCCCAGGCCCUACAGGACAGGGAGUGGCAGCGGACAGUCAUCUCCAUGAAUGGGGUUGAGGUGAAGCUCUCAGUCAAGUUCACCAGCAGGGAAUUCAGCUUGAAGCGGAUGCCAUCCCGGAAACAGACGGGGGUCUUUGGGGUCAAGAUCGCCGUGGUCACCAAGAGGGAGAGGUCCAAGGUGCCCUACAUUGUGCGCCAGUGCGUGGAGGAGAUUGAGCGGCGGGGCAUGGAGGAGGUGGGCAUCUACCGCGUGUCCGGAGUGGCCACCGACAUCCAGGCGCUGAAGGCGGCCUUUGACGUCAAUAACAAGGACGUGUCGGUGAUGAUGAGCCAGAUGGACGUGAACGCCAUCGCCGGCACGCUCAAGCUCUACUUCCGGGAGCUGCCAGAGCCACUCUUCACAGACGAGUUCUACCCCAACUUCGCCGAGGGCAUCGCCCUUUCCGACCCCGUGGCGAAGGAGAGCUGCAUGCUCAACUUGCUGCUGUCCCUCCCGGAGGCCAACCUGCUAACCUUCCUCUUCCUCCUGGACCACCUCAAGAGGGUGGCAGAAAAGGAGACAGUGAAUAAGAUGUCCCUGCACAACCUGGCCACCGUCUUCGGCCCCACGCUGCUGCGGCCCUCGGAGAAGGAGAGCAAGCUCCCUGCCAACCCUGGCCAGCCCAUCGCCAUGACCGACAGCUGGUCCCUGGAGGUCAUGUCCCAGGUCCAGGUGCUGCUGUACUUCCUGCAGCUGGAGGCCAUCCCCGCCCCAGACAGCAAGAGGCAGAGCAUUCUGUUCUCCACCGAGGUCUAAAGGCGGCCCCCCACCAGAACUGUCUCCAAGGAGAAGCUGAUAGAAGGGCCACCCCAUGGCGAAACGGGCCGUCCAUGGAACAGGAACCGAACCAUCUUGAGGUGUACUUUGGCCACCUGCCAAGAGUGACACUCACCCGAAGCUGAAGGCCAAGCCAGCUAGGUGGUCCCCCCCCCAUGCCCCAACCCUAGGCAGACUCCACCCCGACGCUCCCUGGUGCCUUGGUGGUUGGUGGCUGGCUGCAAGCCUUGGGCUGGCCUCAGACUGUGCUUUCCCGUUGCUGGCACCAGAGGGCGCCCCAAGCACGCACAGCUGUCCCGGGCCCAGGAACCGGACAAGUGGAAGCCAAGCUAUAAGGAAGUGGUUUUUACAAUCUGAAUUGUUCAGAGUUUGAAGAUUUCUACUGGAUCACCUGUCAAGAUGCACGCUGUCCGGGGAGGAGCUUCCCUCACUGUUGUGUCUUGAAUAAACGCUGCUGCUACUGCUGCACCCGUCGGGGAUCACGGCAGAAGGGACUGGGCUGGGUCAGGUGGCCCUGCUUUGGGAACGGAUGCCCAUCCCAUCCCCUACUCCCCGAGGAAAAGUCCACAGCGCCCCAACUCCACCCACUGCUUGCUUCUCCUUUUCUUUGUAAAAGGAGCUCUCUGUGCUGAAAUGGGUCUGCCUCCUGCUCUCUCUCCCAUGGAUUUGGUUUGCUGUUGGAUUUUUAUCUCUUUUUUUUGUUUGUUUUUGGCUUGGUUUUGUGCCCCCCUCCCGCAGCUGGGCUGCCAUGGAGACCAUGGCACACACUUCACGGUGAGCCCUUUGGGGACAGGACAGGACGGUCCACCCAGUCCUGCCCACCCACCUGGCACCCCACUUGCCCGCUCUUCUUUGUCAGAGCCCUGCCCCGUGCCCUCCGUCCCCCUCAUCACCCCAGUACUCGGCCCAGCGGGCACAGUUUAACUGCCACACAGGUCUUCUCUCCACAGCGGCUGCUUUUAAACACUUUGAUCCGAAGAAUUAGCCUUUUUGAUACUUGAACAUUUUGAAGUUUUAUACAUAGUUUCUGAGUUUUUUGUUUUCCCUACCAGAUCCCAAUACCUUAAUAAGAUGCUAUUUAGAAUGUCUGCCACCCGUGUCCUGGUAGCUCUUCUGCCUUUCCUAGAACCUUAGAGUGUGUGGGAAGGGGCUUCCCCACGCCCACCGCCCCCUAGUCCAGAGCAGGGACACAGAACAGCGCGGGGGGUGGGUACAGAACAGGAGCCCUGUGACCACUGGAGAGAAGAGAACCAACCAGAAAGUUCUCUGGUAUUUGAGUGUUUUGAAACAAGAGAGGCCUGGCUCCCUGACCAGUCUUCCCGCACUUCGCCCUCCCCCAGUGGGGAGGGACACACAGGAACCCCAGGAGGGCAGCAGGCGGGGGACACUCAGGGUCGUGUGCAGCCACGGUCACAGGGAAACCCCGUGUGCAGGGCAGGGACACCAUCCCAUCCGCCAUGCUUCCACAGGCAGCACCCUGGGGAGCCAUGUGCCUCCCUCACCCUCGCACCAUCCCUGCUAUCAGAAGCCUUAUAGGGUGUGUGUUGGGGGAAGGCAGAGGGCCCCCAACAGCAGCACGGGAGGGUCCCGCUUGUGCAGGUGGCAUGGAUCGCUCAGCUGCGCUUUGAGUUCACCGCAAACCGUGCAGCGCCUUGCUGGCCAGGGCAGAGCAAGGCAGGGCAUGGGAGCCUGUGUCCUCGGCACGCCAGCCUGGCUGUCCAGUUACACGGCAGCCAGGCCUGGGGCCUGUCCGUCCCUUCCCACACCCCACCCCACCUUUCGCCAUCUGCCUUUUGUCGCCUGGAAACUGGAAAGCAAUAUGGCCACAUGUGUGCCAACGUGGGUAGCCUCACCCGCGCCCCCCUCCUCUGCCACUCCCCCUUGAGACUUUUUAAUUUAUAGAAGAUACAUGUGUGCUGUCAAACCUCAAAACAACCCUGCCCUUCUCUCACCAACCACAGGGGUGACCGGCGCUUUGCUUGGCGGGGAAGGGGCAGGCUGCCAUGGGUUCCCACCCCCCCCAGGUCGUGCUGCCUGACAUGGUCGGUGCCCCUGCAGGCCUGUGGGUUAGCAGAGCUAACACAGCAACUGGGCUGUUACCAUAAGGGGGGAGGACCCAGCCUACCCCAUGAGAAGUUGGGGAUUCCUCACAGCCUUAUGAGACAAGGCAGGGGCUCCAGACUCUCCGGUGGGAAGCUACACUCUCAGGUCUGGGCUGCUGGUACCCCAUCCUGCUCCCCAUACAGAGUGGAGUGAUUGGGGAGGGCACUGAGCUGGGCUCCAUCUCAGCACCCUGGCCCCCUCCCCUCCCGCAGUGGGUGACUGCCCUUGGAGCCCAGCUGCCUGUGUGUGCCACACAGGGGCAGGGAAGGGGCAGGGAGUACCGCCAACUCUUACAUUAAACUUCCCUUUGACAACUCA